AUGGCUGCUGAAUCCAACAUGAGUUCCACCACUGUCGCCGCUCCCACAAACCUCCACGAUGUUCGCGAGCAGAUCUUUGCCAACGCAGCCGUGCUGUUCCGGCGGAUCGUAGAAGAUCAUCCCAGCUUUCGAGAAACCCYCGUAAUUCGUCCUGGCGAGAUCUUUGAUGUGAUCAUCAGUCGUUCCCCGCAUGGUGGUUCCGGAUGGUUCGUCGGAAAAUACCAGGCUGUGCUCGUCUAUGGUAGUCCAAUGAGACGCAAGGUGGCGGCGAAAGGGAAGAAGCGCGGUGAUGCUGUUGGGGCGCUGUACGGGCUGCUUGGAGUGCUGGCCGAUGCUAUUGGGCACAACUUCAGGGCGAGCAGUAUGGAGAGGCCUAUCAGUUACGGCAACCACUCUGUGGUUGAUCUUGGCCUUGUGAACUAG